AUGCCCUUGCUAGACGGGCUCAGGAACGCGGAGGCCGUCAAUGGCAGCGUCCAUAACGGUCUGCAACCGGUUCAACCCAUCGACGGUCUUCGUCCUGUUCAGCCGGUCGACGCCAUCCUAGAUACAGACAUUCACAAUAAUGAUCUGAACAAACGUCAGAAGAUUGUAGUCGUGGGCUUGGGGAUGGUGGCUAUUUCGUUCAUUGAGAAGAUUGUCAAGCAAGAUGCUGAGAGACGCAACUACGACAUCGUUGUGAUCGGAGAGGAGCCCCACAUCGCCUACAAUCGUGUCGGACUAUCCUCGUUUUUCGAACAUCGGAAGAUCGAAGAUCUAUAUCUCAACCCAAAGGAAUGGUAUGGAUCUUUCAAAGACCGUUCCUUUGACUACCAUCUCAAUACCAGAGUGACCGAUAUCUAUUCCGAACGCAAAUCCGUGAAGACAUCGACUGGCGACAUCAUCAGCUACGAUAUCCUGGUUCUUGCAACCGGCUCCGAUGCAGUUCUGCCUACACAUACACCCGGUCACGAUGCGAAAGGUAUUUUUGUCUACCGGACAAUCUCUGAUCUCGAACGUCUGAUCGAGUUCGCGUCCAAGCAUAAAGGGGAGACGGGGGUCACAGUAGGGGGUGGUCUAUUAGGUCUGGAAGCAGCCAAAGCAAUGACCGAUCUAGAAGACUUCGGCAAUGUGAAGCUCGUUGACCGCAACAAAUGGGUAUUGGCAAGACAGCUCGACGGUGAUGCCGGCACUCUAGUAACUCGGAAGAUCAGAGAGCUUGGUCUAGAUGUGUUGCACGAAAAGCGAGUGGCAAAGAUCAAUACAGACGACGAGAACAACGUGACGGGCAUCGUGUUCGAAGAUGGAGAGGAAAUCAGCUGCUGUUGCAUCUGUUUUGCCAUUGGUGUGCGUCCUCGAGAUGAGCUCGGUAAGGCUGCGGGCAUUCAGCAGGCAAAGCGCGGAGGAUUUGUGAUAAAUGAAAGUCUACAAACCUCCAUUCCCGAUAUCUACGCCAUUGGAGAGUGUGCUAGCUGGGAGAACCAGACAUUUGGAAUUAUAGCCCCCGGCAUUGAAAUGGCUGACGUAUUGUCAUUCAAUUUGACUAAUCCAGAAAAGGAGCCCAAGGGCUUUAAGCGACCGGAUUUGAGCACGAAGUUGAAACUGUUGGGUGUUGACGUUGCCAGCUUCGGCGACUUCUUCGCAGAUAGAGACGGGCCCAAAUUCCUUCCCGGUCAGCGUCCGCCAACCACGACAGGUCUCUCAACAGCCGAUGAAGGCGAGACGGAAUCGCCUGUAAAGGCUCUGACAUAUAAGGACCCCUUCAGUGGUGUAUACAAGAAAUAUUUGUUCACCAUGGAUGGGAAAUACUUGCUUGGUGGGAUGAUGAUCGGGGACACCAAAGAUUACAUCAAACUGAAUCAGAUGGUAAAGAGUCAGAAGCAACUUGAGGUACCCCCGAGCCAGUUUAUUCUUGGGGCGCAGAAAGAUGGAGAAGAAAAUGCGGAUGAUCUAGACGACGAUACCCAGAUUUGCUCGUGCCACAAUGUAACAAAAGGUGACGUUGUCUCUAAUGUCAAAAACGGCACAUGCAAGUCAAUCGGCGAGGUCAAGUCGUGUACCAAAGCAGGAACCGGCUGCGGUGGCUGUAUGCCUUUGGUACAAUCCAUUUUCAACAAGACCAUGCUGGACAUGGGCCAAGAAGUAUCAAACAAUUUGUGUAUUCAUAUUCCAUACUCGCGAGCCGACCUCUAUAAUGUCGUCGCGAUAAAGGGGUUGAGAACAUUUGAAAAUAUCAUGAAAGCCGUCGGCAGGAACCCUGAUUCUCUGGGGUGUGAGCUAUGCAAGCCAGCUAUCGCAUCAAUACUUGCGAGUCUUUUCAAUGGUCACAUUAUGGACAAAGAGUAUCAUGAACUCCAAGAUACUAAUGACAAGUUCCUUGCCAACAUCCAAAGAAACGGAACCUUUUCCGUUGUUCCUCGAGUUCCUGGUGGCGAGAUCACAGCAGACAAGCUGAUUACCAUUGGGCAAGUGGCGAAGAAGUUCAAUCUAUACUGCAAAAUUACCGGUGCUCAGCGGAUCGAUAUGUUUGGAGCGAAAAAGCAAGAUCUGCUUGACAUCUGGACAGAGCUGGUAAAUGCCGGUAUGGAAAGUGGUCAUGCGUAUGCCAAGUCUCUCCGAGCCGUCAAGAGCUGCGUUGGCACUACUUGGUGUCGGUUUGGUAUUGGCGACAGUGUCGGGAUGGCAAUUCGGCUGGAAGAGCGCUAUAAGAGUAUUCGAGCUCCCCAUAAGUUCAAGGGCGCCGUAUCUGGCUGUGUGAGAGAAUGUGCUGAGGCACAAAACAAAGAUUUCGGUUUGAUCGCGACUGAGAAGGGGUUCAACAUCUUUGUUGGCGGUAACGGUGGCGCAAACCCAAGACAUUCCGAGUUACUUGUCAAAGACGUACCCCCAGAGAAGGUCACUCAAAUCAUUGACCGAUAUCUCAUUUUCUAUAUCCGCACUGCAGACAAACUGCAGCGGACCGCGCGAUGGAUCGAGAACCUUCCCGGUGGAAUCAAUUAUUUGAGAGAAGUCGUCGUUGACGAUAAGCUGGGCAUAGGCGCAGAGAUGGAGCAGCAAAUGGAGGAGCUCGUCAGCAGUUAUUUCUGCGAGUGGGCUGAGACGAUCAGAAACCCCAAGCGGCGCAAGUUCUUCCAGCAAUUUGACAACACUGAGGAGACACUUGAGACGGUUGAAGUCAUCCAGGAACGAGACCAGCAGCGUCCCACUUAUUGGCCGAAAGAUGCAGCAACAAAUGAAGACUUUAAGGGUCACCAAUGGUCUACUCUCUCGUGGCAGCCUAUGAUCAAGGCUGAUCACUUCUCGGACGGACCGCCAGCGAUCUCAUCGGCCAAUGUGAAACGCGGAGAUACCCAAUUAGCGAUCUUCAAGGUCAAGGGGAAAUAUUACGCAACGCAGCAGAUGUGCCCCCAUAAGCGUACGUUUGUCCUUUCGGACGGACUGAUUGGUGAUGACGACGCGGGCAAAUACUGGGUCUCCUGUCCCUACCACAAACGCAACUUCGAACUCAAUGGUGAGCAGGCCGGACGAUGCUCCAAUGAUGACAGCAUGAAUAUCGCCAUCUUCCCCAUCGAGGAGCGCGACGACGGUUGGAUCUACUUGAAGCUCCCUCCGAUCGAAGAGCUAGAUUCGGUCCUCGGAACGGAAAAGUGGAAAGUGAAGAAAGGAGAGGCCGCGGAUCCGUUCCAGAAAUUUGACAAGAGAUACAAAGGGAUGCGGGGGAAGAAAUCGGGCGAGAGAAGCGCUGAAGUUUGCAAGACAACGCAACCAACCACUAAGACUAUUGACUGGUAG